AUGUGUGUCUUGUGUUUCCCAAAGGCUCUUGCCCACGUUUUCAAAACCUACUUUAUGGCCAGUUACUACUUUGAGUUCGGCAACUGGCCCGUGGACUUCCGAUGGGACGAGGCUGGUGGCCACAGCAACCCUCCGAGCCACGGCGGUGGCGGCAGCAGCAGAGGCCACGGACGCCAGAUCCUUGUCAAAGAAGCGUCAGGACCGUGCCCGCUGGCGUCAGUGUUGGCUGUAGGACCUGACGGAGACAGGAGCUCAGUGUGGAAUGUGUUCAGCAGCUUGAAGCAGAUGCCCAGCCGGCUGGCCAGCUAUGUCAUGGCUCACUCCUUAGGCCGCUGGCUGCUCUACCCGGGCUCCGUGUUCCUCCUGAACCAAGCCCUGUUACCGGUCCUGGCCAAGGGUCAGGCUCGCCUGUUGGGAGAAUAUAAUGGGAAACGUGCCAAGCUGGUAGCUCGGGACGGGAAUAAGAUUGACACCAUGUUUGUGGACAGGCGAGCCAAGGAAACAGGGCGAGUGGAACAACGUGGGAACCGGUUGGUGGUCUGCUGUGAAGGGAAUGUUAGCUUUUACCAAUGGGGCUGCCUUUUCACACCCUUGAGGACUGGAUAUUCCGUGUUGGGAUGGAACCACCCUGGCUUUGCUGGAAGUACAGGCAAACCCUACCCACAGAACGAUGCUAAUGCGGUGGAUGUGGUCAUCCGCUAUGCAAUACACCGCCUGGGCUUUAAGAUACAAGACAUUGUAAUGUACGGAUGGUCAUUAGGAGGCUACUCAGCUACCUGGGUCGCCAUGAACUACCCAAUGUUGGGUGCUUUGAUCUUGGACGCCACGUUCGAUGACCUGCUCCCCUUGGCCUUGAACGUCAUGCCCAAGAGCUGGAAGAAGUUAGUGGUGCGGACGGUGAAGGAGCAUUUCAACCUCAACGUGGGCGAACAGCUGUGCAAGUACGUGGGGCCUGUGUUGCUCAUUCGUAGAACCAAGGACGAGGUCAUCACGACUUGCCCGUUUGGUCUUGAGGACCAGAUAGCCAACCUGCGAUGCAACCGGGCCAACGCACUCCUGGUACAGCUGCUGGAACACCGCUACCCGGAAGUCAUGACCCAAGAAGGGUUGGAAGCUGUCCAUAACUGGCUCAGAGCUGCUAACCCCAAACAGGAGGAGGCCAUGUGCCGACGCUACAAAAUAAAUGACGACUGGUGUGUCAAAGAACUACGGGACUACAAAUGCAGCCUUGGCCAUGGGACCCAUUUCCCAUGGAGGGUUGGGAAGUACAUUAGCUCCAGACAAAAGCAGCAGAUUGCCGUGUUUUUAGCCAAGAAGCACAUGAAGAAUGUGGAGGCCACACACUGGUCUCUCCUUAAGCCCAAUGAUUUCCAGAUGCCCUGGAAAUUAUAG